UCAGAGUGACGUUCACAAGUACGCAUUGACAUUUAGAAAAUAUUGAAUAAGUUAUUCUAUAGGUUCUUAUUAAAUUAUAAAUAAACCUACACGUUAAUUACUCGUAUUUAAAUUAAAAUAAUGAAUUCAAUAAUAAGAAGAAGCUUUUACCCAAUUUAUAAUAACACAUACAAGUUAACUUGUCGCUUAUUAGCUGAUGCGAAAAUUAAUGAAAAAAUUGAUAAAAUAGUGAAGGAUAAUAAAGUAGUAGUUUUUAUGAAAGGAGUUCCUGAUGCUCCUCGCUGUGGUUUUAGCAACGCUGUUGUGCAAAUUAUGAGAAUGCACGCCGUACCGUAUGAAAGUCAUGACGUUUUAGCUGAUGAAAAUCUACGACAAGGCAUUAAAGAUUAUUCAAACUGGCCAACAAUUCCUCAAGUAUUUAUUAAUGGCGAAUUUGUUGGUGGUUGUGACAUAAUGCUCCAAAUGCAUCAGUCGGGAGAACUAGUAGAAGAGUUAAAAAAAGUUGGAAUAAAAAGUGCUUUACUGACUGCAGACGAAGCUAAAAAAGAAGAGAACAAGUAGUUUACUCAAAACACUCAAUAAUUAUUACACUGCAAUAUUAAAUGAACAAAUUUAAUUUUAAUAAACCUAUUAUGCAUAACCUCAAUCAUGGCUAUGUGGGUUAUUUAAUUUUUUUUAAAUGUGAAAUAAAAAACUGUUAAGCCUUUAUUAUGUAUUGAUUAAAUUGUUGUAUAACAUUAUCACAUGAAUAUGAUAGCUGACAAUUUAAAAUAUUGCAUUCAAUUUGAAUGUCAUGAUUUUUUAAAUUAACUAUGCCUCUAUAUAUUAACUGGGGUUAGCUUAGAUGAUUGCCAAUUUCUGUUUUUAUUAUAGAGACAUUAGUAGUAGAAAUCAGACUGCUUAUCCUUGUCUUUCUACUACUAUUGAUUUUUACUAGAUAUAAGAAAUUGGUAGGGCAACCUCAGUAGCGAAGACAUAGUGUGUGUGAGUCACCUAUUGCUGAGUGUGGGAUUCUAGAGUAUUAGAGAAGGUUAAUUUACUUGAAUUAGAAAUCAAUUUUUUUUUUAUUUUGACUGUGUUACUGGAUUAGAUGUUGAUAACUGAGAUUCAAGACAGAUAAAAAAAUCUCUAUUAUACAACAUAAUAUGAAGUGCUUGAUAUAAGUUACCUCCACUAUGAUUUCAAAUUUUACUAUAAUGUUAAUUUAAUAUUGCAAUGUACUUACUACAAUUAGAUCUUUCAACAAUUACUGUUUUACCUUGUUCUUGUAGACUAGACAUUUAUUGUGGUUUAUCACAGACAAAAAAGUAACAUAAAAUGACUUAAUGCUUAAAUCUUUUAAGAACCAUUUGCAGAUGUAUAAAAAUGGUUCCUAUAUUAAAUUUAUUGAUAAAGCAAAUCUGUGACUGCACAUAGGCCAGCUAUGAACCAAUAUUCUUAAAAUUAGAAAGAAAUCUUAUAAAAAUAAUUAAUCAACCCUAAAAACUGAGUUUACCCAUUAACUGAAGAGUAAAUUAUAGUUAUUAUGGAGGUUAAUAAUUGACCAAGUGUACAAACAAUACCAUGUCACUGAUUAUAAUAAUGAUUUUCUUGUAGUAGACUGAUUUUGUUUCUAAUUAUAUAUAAUUGCACAAAUUUUUGAAAGUUAUAUCAAUUCAUGAAUACAGAUUUUAGGGUAAACGUUUGGUUUAGGGUAAAGGAUUCAGAAGUAAAUUAUUUAAGAUGUGGGGUAAGAUUUAUACUUAGUUUUAGUUAGGUAAAACUAAGCGUAUAAAAAUGUAAAGUGAUUUUCAAAUAUAACAUAGUUUUAUAUGAACAAAGUGAAUUUAAUUUACUGAUAGUGUAUAUUGCAUUAAAGUAAUGCAUUGGAUAUAAGUAAGCUUGCAUCAUAGCUUGUUUAAAUAUGUGCAUAAACUUGGGUUAGCUUAACAAAUAUAAUAUGAUAUAGAUUAUCCUAAAAUCUGGUUCAGCUAUCAAUACAAUUCUGAAUUUAAAAUAGUUUAAAAUCCACAAUUUUAUUAUUUAUAUUUGCAUGUUAUUUACUUUGUGACCAUGUUUUAUUUAAAACCAAAUGAACCAUUUUUUGUUGUAAUUAAAAAAAAAAACAAUUUAGUGUAAUAAAAUACUAUGUUAUUAGCUUAAUCUGUAUAUGUUUUAAAAGUUAAAUAAAAGAUUUUUUGUUUAAGAGCUCUUUAUUAAAUUAGCUGUACAUUCGAGUUAGUAUACUUUUUGGGCACAUAAUUCAUUCUUAACCUACAUACCACUGCUUCCUCAUAAUAUAAUUGGUUGGAUUAACAACACAGUCAUUAUUAAAAGACAAAAAUAUGGCAGAUCAUUUAUUUAGAGUACUCAUACCAAAAUACUCUCACAAACGACUAUCAUAUAAAAUGAUAUUCAUGAUAAAUAAAUAGAUGCAGGCAAGUUAUGGCGAUCUAUGAUAAUAAAUAAUUUGUGUGACACUUCCCUGCAACAUUUAUGAAAUUUAAUCACUUACAUAAAGUUUAAUGUACUUACCAUCAAAGUACAAUAAUUACUAAUGGCAGUAAUUUAAAAAAAAAUCAAACUUGUAUAAAUAAUGUUUGCUUAUAAAUAAAUAAAAUAUAACAAAAACAUUCUUACAAUG